AAAAAGCUGGUGCUGGCGUGCGAUUCACUAGUCCGGACUAGAAGGUGAUAUAAAGGCGCACGAGGGCUCCGGCUUGAUCUGACUUGACUAUAACACGGAAGGAACAGCCUGACAGCGGGAAGCCCGUCGCUGCCACACCACUUUUUACCAUCAUGGUGGUGUGGGCGAUGCUGAUAUUGGCAGCGGCCACGUUGACCGAUGCAGCGGUACCAGAUCCACCGGAAAAUCCCGGCAUUACUACAAUUGGCUCCAAGAAACUGGCGACUGCUGCUGAUUGUGCCGGACUAGUCGCCUUUUCUGCCACCCAAGGCUCGGUAGUUGAAGCUAAACUCGUCCUAUCCGAGACUUUAGUGGAUAAAGGAGUCGGUUACGCCGCUCAGACAGGGAUCUUCACCACGCAUUGUCCAGGUCUCUACCAAUUCAGUUUCGCCGGAUACGGUAGCACGGACCUACGGCUGACGCUGAAACGUAAAUUGAACCAAUCCGACAGCUGGAGACCGAUUGUCAGUGUCGGUCCAGGCGGAGGAAGCAAUCUUGUUCUAUUAGACGUCGAAGCCGGUGAUCAGCUUGCCGUUUAUGUUGAAUCCGGAAAAAUAACUGAUGGAGCUACCUUCACUGGUCACCGCGUUUAUAAAAGAUAGGCUGAUCUAAUGGACGAGAGCCUUCAACGAUUUCGGCGUCGUUAUUGGAAGGGCAAAAUUAAAAUGUUACCAACUGAAACUGAAUAACAAUUGGAAUAUUCAACUAAAUUUCGGAGAUUUCCAUCUCUAGUUUUAAAAGUGUUCUUUCUUGUAUUAAUAAUACGACGAAAAAAAAUAUAUUAUAUACAUAUAAAAUAAAAACGAAUUAAAAUUUGGAAUUUCACGGAUUGAUUAUAAAGAUUUGUAAUCUUACAAGUAUUUGAAUUUUUAAAGAUAUGGUAGCAAAAUUACGUCGAAUUAUUAGCUGUUCAAAAAACAAGUGAGAAACAUGAAAAGAAAGAUGGAAAUCCCUUUAUAAAAUCCAAAAAUAUUGUUGAGACAAAUGUCUAAGAUACAUUUCAUUGUUGCUCAAAGGCUCUUUCUUAUAUGCUGAAGAAAUCAGAGUUCCUAAUUCGUAGUACUAAAACUUCUCAACGCAUCUAACGUUCUGUGAUAGCUAUUUUUCUUUCCACGGUCAUUUGUUCACUUGAGAUUUUAUUUUAUCGAUUAAUUAAUUUUUCUCGGUAGAUAAAAUAAAUGUUUAACUCGUUUCGCAGUGUCGCACGUUAAAUCGUGUCAAUCAUGUACCAUUUAUACGGUACUCGAUAUUAUCAAUUUGUAAGAAAAACUUCAACAAGUUUUAUAAGCUAGCAUGAUUUUUCUCUCAGUCUCCAUCUUUCGCUUUGCAUUCCUUUCUCGUUCCUUUGAAUUUUUGUUUGCAUUAACUUCCCGCUUUAUCAUUUCAUUUUAUUCAAUAUUUUUCUUAUCUCUUUCUUUUCUUCAUUACGGUGGCGCAAUCAACUUAACACAAUUAAUUAAAAACCAAUUUUUUCCGCUCGAAACUCUAUAUAUUCUUAUUUUCACAUUUCUUCCGAUUACUUACAUUUCUAAUUUUUAUUGGUCUUUCUCAUUUCUCCCUUUUGCUAUUUCUACUAUUAGCUCUUUUAUUAUAUUCUUUUAUUAUAUUCAUAUUUCGUUCUUCUUUCUCUAAGCAUAUCAUCUUCGAUGUCUUCCUUCAAGAUAAAAUAUGCCAAUCUACGUUGCCUUUAUCAAUUCUCUGCUUCUGCUAAAAUCUUCGACUCAUACCUCUCACAUGUAUUUUCUUUGCUUAUUUUCUAUGCCCUUUACUUUUCAUUUUUUCUAUUCUUCCUAGAAAUUCUAUCAUUUCUAUCCAACUUUUAUUUUCCUUAAUUUUACGUUACUGUUUCAUUUACCUUUAUUAUCUUUUUUAGUCAUUCUUCUAUGAUAUCUUAAACUUUCCUCUUUUCAUCGUUACAUCUUUUCUAUACGCUUUUCUUUGCUUCCCAUUCGUCAAAUUUAAGCAAAAUCUAUCUCUAUUGUUUCUAUAAAUACUCAUGUUUUCAUUAUUAUUUCAACUUAUUAUUUCACAAUUAUUUUACGUUUCUUUUUCGUAUCCCUUCGUUUUCUUACUAAACUUUAAUAUUUCUUUGCUAUUCUACUUAUCUUUCUCUUCUACAUCUACAUUUUCUUUUCUUUAAAUGAAUUUUCCUUUUCUCACUUUUAACUUUUAUUGCUAUACUUCUUGUUUAUAUCAUUUAUUUGUCUUUGUCUUUAUUUUCAUCUGUUCUCCUUUUUCUAUCUAUUUACUGUCUAUCUACAUAUCUUUCUAUCAUUCCAUAUACCUGUAUUUAUAUCUUUUUCUAAAUUUUAUUAUAAUACAUGUUACAAUUGCCCGCUAUCACAGCAGUUACGUCGAAGAGAAGACAUAAAGUCAGCGAUAAACAGAACAAAAAAAA